AUGGCUUUCUUCCGCGACUUGAUGUCCGCCCUGGUGGUCAGCAUCUUGGUCAGAACGGUUAUUGGCGAGACGACGAAUACGUUGGAUGUGAACCAGCAGAAGGUUUCCGUUACAAAGGAGGGCGGCUCGGCUGCAAGCUCGAGCUCGGCCGACAAUUCGGGCGAGCUCUCCGCAACCUGUCACAAUGCGAUCGCCACCAUGGUUGAGGUGCGCGCUUGUGCGGGCCUGGCCGACAUGGUUCAGAUCCGCAUGGCCACGGAAUCAGUGUCUACCCCAAUCAAGGCUUGGCUGACGAGCAUGUGUAAAGUUGCCGCUUGCAGUCCCGCUUCUCUUCAAUCCGCCACUGAAAAAUUCCUAGCCGGCUGUGCUACCGAGAUCUCAAGUGGAUCGACGGACGCUGAGGCUUUUUACUCUUUACUCACCAACUACAAAACUAUCAGGGCUGGUGCUUGCCUAAACAUUGAAAAAUUGGACUUCUGUGUUUCUGCGUUAGCAGGCCCUUUCAAGAAAUGUGAUGGCCGCAAACGUACAUUAUUUUCAGUCCCCAAGGCGGCCUAUUGUAUUGAGUGUGGAGCAAAGAUACACUCUAACAAUACUACCUUCUGUGAAAAAGGCGACCUCACCGCGAGCCCCGUGCCCAUCAAUCCCAUCCUCGUCGCCCUCCCAGCUCCUAAAGAAGCUCCAAAACCUCAAUCAGUAAAGCGGUCCUAG